AUGAUCAAACUAUUUGUAUUAUCUAUAUCAUUCUUUACAUUGUCUGCUGAGACAACAGUGUUGCCGGAAAAACGAAUAUUCGGUGUUUCCGCCCACUUUAGCUGCUCAAAUCAAACAACGUUGGCCAAGUAAGUCUGAGGUUAUCUGCAGGAAGAAAAAUAUAAUGUCCAGCGAAAACACGGUUAAAGUGUUCUUAUCAAUGGAUGGAAAUUUAACUGAUGACAGUUUUGGAGCCUCGUGGUGUCCAAGUUGGAGUGGUCAUCUAGAGUUGGCAGCUGCGGUGGAAAACGAAGAGGAAUUCCAACCCCAUUUAGUAGCGUAAGAAAGACAGAAGCCUUACUUAUGAGUAGCUGAGUAUACUCAACGUAAAAGGCCAAAACUUCUUGAAAAACUUUACUAAUGAAAAAUACGACCUUUUUAUAUUUUUUCGUCUUAAAAAUAUAAAAUUUUUGUGUGUCGACCGUGAGCACAAAAAUUCCCAGGAUUUUUCAGGGUAUUUACAGCGCCAGUUGAGAAAUUCCCGUACCAAUAAUAACUUUAUUUAUUCCAGAUACCACCGGUGCAACAAAGAUCAAGAAACUGGUGGGCGAUGCCGGCGGACAAUAGUGAAGAUGGACAAGGACUACACAUUCCAAAAGGGCAAUGACUCCUUCUUCGAAGUGAACUUAUUGGACCCCAUCAACACCGAUAUUGUAACUGAUAAAAUGUAG